UGUUUGAGUUCCCACGCUUCAUGUGAGCUUCCUGGAGGUCUACACGUUUUUGUCACGGAGGAAGAGUAAAUUAAAUCAUGGCCAAAGACAAAUCUUUGACAAAACCGGCUAAAAGGGAGAAGUUGAGUUCAAAUAGCGAGGUCCACACAGAAGAAAUGAUGGACCCCAAAGUGAAAAAGAAAAGGAGAAAGGUGGAGGAGGCUCCGGUGCAGAUUCCUCAUGAGGCAAUAACAGCAGAUGAUACAAAACCGAAAAAGGAAAAGAAACGUAAAAAGAAACACAUGACAGAGCAAACUGAGAUUUCAGAUCCACCCCGUCGCCCGGAGGGGACACACGAGCUGGAGGGAGAGGAGGACUUGAGCCCUGAGGAGAAGCGGGUCAUGGAGAGGAAGAUGAAGAAGAUCCUGAAAAAGGAAGAGAAGAAGAGGCUCAAAGCUGAGGGAGAGACCGUAAAGAAACCUGAUGCAUCUGGACCCAUUGCACCUCAGCAGGCCUUAGAUUACCUCACCUGCUGGGCUGAGAACCGCACAGAGUGGAAGUUCCAGAAGACAAGGCAGACAUGGUUACUGCAGCACAUGUUUGACCCCCAGCAGAUUCCAGAUGAGAAGUUCUCCGUGCUGCUCGAGUACCUGGAGGGGCUUCGCGGAGGGGCCAAAGACAUCACAGUGCAGAAGGCCUUAGUCCUGAUCGAGGAGUCGGGACAAGCACCAGAGGACAGAGACGUCCAGCAGAGGGCGCACAGAGCCAGAGAAGUUAUCCAGCUGCUGUCCUGAACCCACCACCAUCAAACAGAGGCAUGGAGCCCACCGGAAAAGACUGAGGCAUGUUUGUUGGUCAGUGGACUGAAUGAUUGAUGGCCCUGGUCUCAAGCUAAAACAUGUUGUUUAUGUGUAGUUUUUUUGGACAGGUUCCUUAGAAAAAAGGAUGUGUUUUGAUUAAAUUAGCAUUAUUGCUCACAUUUUUUUAUUUAAAUGUGUUAAUGUGUAAUUUAAAUGCCAAAUUUUCUGGCAUACAAUUUCAGAA